CGGCGUUGUUGUUAAACCGGCAAACACUAUCUCUCUCUCUCUCUCUCAAAGAUGGCGUUUUUUCGUCUGACCCGUGUUUCACGGAGGUUGUUGAAGUCAUCCGUGUCGGGAACUCCAUCUUCGAGUUCUGUUUUCCUGUCUGAACAACAACAUAUAAACUUGUCAAAACAUGUUGCUACUACACGACAUUACAUCAACCCUUUGCUUAAUUAUCCUCUAUGGAGCAAUAAAGGAACGGACUUUCAUCAUGAGAAGGUUGUUGGUGUUGGUUGGAAUUAUAGAUUAGUAUCUGGAAUGUCUUCGGUUGUGGAGGGGAGUCCUAAGAAAGAUGAAAAGGAGAAGAGUAGUGGUGGUGUUAAGGAAGCUUCUUGGGUUGAUUUGUAUUUGCCUGAGGGAGCUAGAGGUUAUGCUAAGCUGGCUAGAUUGGAUAAACCUAUUGGGACUUGGUUGCUUGCUUGGCCUUGUAUGUGGUCAAUUGCGUUGGCUGCUGAUCCUGGAAGCCUUCCAAGUUUCAAAAUGAUGGGUUUAUUCGGUUGUGGAGCUUUACUUCUUAGAGGUGCUGGCUGUACUAUAAAUGAUCUGCUUGAUCGGGACAUUGAUACAAAGGUUGAUCGUACAAGAUUAAGACCUAUUGCCAGUGGUCUUUUGACACCAUUUCAAGGGCUUCAGUUUCUUGGGCUACAGUUGCUUUUAGGUUUAGGGAUUCUUCUCCAACUUAACAAUUACAGCCGUGUUUUAGGGGCUUCAUCUUUGUUACUUGUCUUCUCCUAUCCACUUAUGAAGAGGUUUACAUUUUGGCCUCAAGCAUUUUUAGGUUUGACCAUAAACUGGGGAGCAUUGUUAGGAUGGACUGCAGUUAAAGGAAGCUUAGAACCAACUGUUGUACUCCCUCUUUACCUCUCAGGAGUGUGCUGGACCCUUGUGUAUGAUACUAUCUAUGCACAUCAGGACAAAGAAGAUGAUGUGAAGGUUGGUGUUAAGUCAACAGCUCUUAGAUUCGGUGAUAAUACAAAGCUUUGGCUAACUGGAUUUGGCACAGCAUCCAUGGGUUUGCUUGCACUUUCUGGACUCAGUGCAGAUCUCGGUUGGCAAUACUACGCAUCACUGGUAGCUGCAUCAGGACAAUUAGGAUGGCAAAUAGGGACAGCUGACCUGUCAUCUCGCGCUGACUGCAGUAACAAAUUUGUGUCAAACAAGUGGUUUGGUGCUAUUAUAUUCAGUGGAGUUGUACUCGGAAGAACUUUUCAGUAGAGUUGUCUUUAUUAAUGAAUACUCAUAAAGCUGUUCCUUGGAUUCACCUAUUCCUAUAUAUGAAAAUGGAAGUUGACUUUUGAGACUUUUGCGAGUGAAACAGAGGACCUGGUUUUGCUACCCGAGUACAAUGUGGCCUCCUUCAGGCUGGAAAAGGUCAAGGUGUGUUUUCCAAAACCUUGGAAGAAGCCAUUGUCAGAUAAGGUGAAACUUGACUCUUCUCAUUAGUUUUUGGUUAUGUUAAUAGAAAUUGGGAUUCAUGUCUUUUGUUUACAAGGAGGUUUGUUUAUCCAUUACUCAUUCAAAGCGUUGACAGAGUAACCCUCUGGACAUAUGCUUUUAAAAAGUUGCAGUAUCAAUUAUUUGUAAGUUACAGAAUUAUUUUCCCC